UAUGCAGUUAUCUGUCGUUUUGUUUUAUUUAUCCAUUUGUUAUGUUUAAUUUAUUUUUACUGAAUUUUAAUUUUUGCAAAAUAAUUAUUUUAUUAUAACCAAAAGAUUAAAUACCGCAAAAUUUACUAGAAAUCUGUUUAUUUCCAAGGAACAUUUUUAAAUACAAUUCAAAUUAGGAGAUGGAAGAAAAACCAGUGGAUUUUAUAAGAGAAUCAACGCGAAAUUUGCUUAAAUUGAAUAGAAGAAUUCAAAGAGAGGAGGACAGUGAUGUAUAUCGCUCCGUAGAUAGUUUAAAUUUAACAUCUGAACAACUGUGUGAUAUAGCCAACCGCCUAAAAACAAAGUCUUCAGUCACUACAGCUGAACUGCACAAACUGAAAAAUGUCCUUAUUGAUGACAAAAAGAAUAUAGAUCAAGUUCUAAGUAUACAGGGCGCUUUAAAAGGGCUAGUGAGGGAGUUAUCAGGUAAUGACGUGAAGAGACAAUGUGCUGCGGCAGGCUGCUGUAGCAAUCUUGCGCUCGGCGACUCCAGAGGAUGUAUAGCAGUUACCAAGGCAGCAGGGCCAUACCUUGUAGCUGCCCUUGGUAAUCUUACAACAGAACUCACUGUGACCUCAGCGUGGGCUGUUGGCAACUUGGCAGGUUCUGGUGUGAGGCCAUGCCAAUUAUUAAGGGCUCAGGGAGGCCUGGCUAAACUGAUUGCGUUGCUGCAUGGUAAUGAAGAUGUGAGAGACGCGGCUCUAUACGCUCUGGUGCAUUUUGGAUACCACUUAAAAGAUGAUUUAAGUGUUGACCACGUUGAAGCGAUGGUAGAGGCGCUGUCGACGCUUGAAAUAUCAAUGGCCUCAUCACAUCUUCUCUUCAUACUGUCCUGCCACAAGUACUUCGACGACAAACCCCUGCCUUGGCUGUUGGUAAGCAAAAUGAUCGAUGCAGUCGUGAGUAUUAUAAAUUGUAAUUCAAGUAAAGAGAAACAACACCAGUUGGUAUAUUUAAUAAGAUGUUUAGCUAACACAGCUAGUGUAGCGUACAAAUGUGAUAUUAGAAAUAGAUUAGCAAAUUUUAAUGAAUAUUUACAUAAAUUAUUGGAGUCAGAGGACAAGUUUAUAACUGAAUCAUUGUUAUGGUUGCUAAGCGUAUUGUACAAUAAUGAUUAAGUUUAUAUUGAUGAUUCGAAGUGAGUAAAUGAUUUGGAUUAUUA